AUGCCACGCGAGCCGUCCUGGUCUGUGGAGAAGUUCUUCCAGCAGUCGUCGGAUACUCAGAUCGACGCCGCUACACUUCAGCAGCUGGCCAAGCGAGCACAGCUUACGAUAGCCCCCGAGAAGGAAGAGUCCCUCUGCCGGGAGGUGGGGCAAAUACUCAGCUGCGUGCACAUCAUCCAAGAGGUAGGCAUCCCUCGUGCGGCACUGUCAGCUGAUCAGCCCUCGCAGGUGAACACGGAGGGUGUGGAGCCGCUCGUCUCGCCUCUUGAUGCCCGGCAAGCACAGCUGCGUCUCCGCGCGGACGAGGUCACGGACGGCGACAUCGCGGAGGACCUCAUGAGGAACGCACCGGCCAGGGACGGCUCUUUCUUUGUCGUGCCCAAAGUCAAAGGACAAAGCGGCGGCGAGGGUGGCGAAGGAGCCGACGCAUAA